AUGGUUGACCGCAAGGCUGUGAUCAAGAACGCCGACAUGUCCGAUGACAUGCAACAGGACGCCAUCGACUGCGCCACCCAGGCUCUCGAGAAGUACAACAUCGAGAAGGAUAUCGCUGCUUACAUCAAGAAGGAGUUCGACAAGAAGUACAACCCAACCUGGCACUGCAUCGUCGGAAGAAACUUCGGAAGCUACGUGACUCACGAGACGAAACACUUCAUCUACUUCUAUCUCGGACAGGUCGCUAUUCUGCUCUUCAAGUCCGGAUAA